AAACCAAAAUGACAAGUGUUCAAUUUUAUUGCCAAUACUGUACAGUGUCGCUUCUUGGGAAGAAGUAUGUACUGAAGGAUGACAAUCCAUACUGUGUUUCCUGUUAUGAUCAUAUCUUUUCUAACUAUUGUGAGGAGUGCAAAGAACCAAUUGAGUCAGAUUCCAAGGAUCUCUGUUACAAAGACCGGCACUGGCACGAAGGAUGCUUCAAGUGCACCAAAUGCAAUCACUCUUUGGUGGAAAAGCCCUUUGCCGCCAAGGACGAGCGCUUGCUGUGCACGGACUGCUACUCUAACGAGUGCUCCUCCAGGUGCUUCCACUGCAAGAAGACCAUCAUGCCCGGUUCCCGCAAAAUGGAAUUUAAGGGCAACUACUGGCAUGAAACCUGCUUUGUGUGCGAGCAUUGCCGACAACCAAUAGGAACAAAGCCUUUGAUCUCCAAAGAGAGUGGCAAUUAUUGUGUGCUGUGUUUUGAGAAGCAGUUUGCUCACUACUGCAACUUUUGUAAGAAGGUGAUAACUUCAGGUGGGGUAACAUUUCAUGACCAGCUAUGGCAUAAAGAGUGUUUUCUGUGUAGUGGCUGUAGGAAAGAGCUCUGUGAAGAAGAGUUUAUGUCCAGAGAUGACUAUCCAUUCUGCUUGGACUGCUACCACCAUCUUUUUGCCAAAAAGUGUGCAGCCUGUUCCAAAUCUAUCACUGGUCUCAGAGGUGCCAAGUUUAUCUGCUUUCAAGACCGCCAGUGGCAUAGUGAAUGCUUUAACUGUGGGAAGUGCUCUGUCUCCUUGGUGGGCAAAGGCUUCCUGACCCAGAACAAUGAAAUCUUCUGCCGCAAAUGUGGCUCCGAGGCGGCCACUGACAUCUAGAAGGAGACGGUGUUUCUUCACCUGUAAUCCACUUGGCCUUUAUUGUCACUAAAUCUAGAAC